ACGACAAUGGUUGGUCGGUUGUGGCUAUGAUAUCUACUUAUUAAUUUAUUUAUGUUGUGUUAUUAAUUUAACGACUUAAAUAAACAUAAUAGCUCUGUUAUCAGGAACAUAAUGUGAAUGCAGACUAUUACACAAUAGAUUAUGACCACAGCGAUAAUUCACAGUAGCAGUGACAGGAACACAAAAGUGAAAUACACUGUAGGUUAUGUUAAGAAGAAUGGCUGAUAUUGAUGUAAAAUUGGGGUUGAGAACAAUAUUAGAAAAAAUAGAAAUAGCAAGCGGAAAGCGAAUACCCGAGUUACAGUAUGCGAAACCUCAAUUGGUAGCAGUGAGUAAAACGAAACCAACAAAUUUGAUAAUAGAAGCAUACGAAGAAGGUCAAAGACAUUUUGGAGAAAACUAUGUGCAGGAAUUAAUAGAAAAGUCAAAUAGCACCGAUAUAUUGGAGAAGUGUAAAGAAAUCAAAUGGCAUUUUAUUGGACACGUGCAAACAAACAAAGUGAACAAAAUAUUAGCUGUUCCGAACUUAUACAUGAUUGAAACUGUCCAUACGAAGAAGCUAGCAACUGCUUUAAAUCAGAAAUGGCCUGAGUUUCGUAAAGAUGAUGGGAAACUUAGAGUUAUGCUUCAAGUUAAUACAAGUGGAGAAGAUGCCAAAAAUGGGGUUGAACCUAGCGAAAUUGUUGAUCUUACAAGACAUGUUAGUGACAACUGCAAAAAUUUAGAAGUGGAUGGUAUCAUGACGAUUGGACAGUUUGGUUACAAUCUUGAUAACGGGCCAAAUCCAGAUUUUAUAUGUUUGAAAAAAUGCAGAGAUGAGAUUUGUCAAAGUUUGGGAUGGGAUUUUAAAAAUGUAAACCUAUCGAUGGGGAUGUCCGAUGACUUCGAACAUGCGAUUGAAAUGGGAAGUACAAACGUACGAGUCGGUAGUUCAAUUUUUGGAUAUAGGCCGAAGAAGAAUUGAAUGUUACAGUGGUCAGUUAAAUCAAUUUACUGCAAAUGUUUUGUUAACAUUUCAUUAGUUACCAAUAUAUUAAGGACAUGAACUUUACCGUUA